CUGGAGUAGCUCAGUUGGUUAGAGCGUGUGGCUGUUAACCACAAGGUCGAAGGUUCAAGCCCUUCCUCUAGCGAUAUUAAUAUUUAUUUUUAACAAAUUACAUUUUGUGGGCCGUAGGCCUGACGAAGUAUACGGCCCAUUGGUUCAUGGGCCUGGGCUUCAGGCUGCUUGCGAGUGAAGGAAGAAGGCAGUUCGGAAUCCAAACCCCCUUCGAUUCCAUUUUCGAAAUUUUCAGAAACAGAGAAAACCGCCGGUGAUGAUCGAUCCAAGAUGACGAGCAAACUUCUGACGAAUCGGUUUCGGCACCUAUUGUUCACAUCAACAGCGACAACCAGACCCACCUCCUUUACUCCAUCUUCUUCUCGAUGCGUAUUUUUUUCUAAAUUUUCGUCACCGUCUUCUUCCGGCAUCGAUUGCUCUACUGCUGCGCCUGCGGAUAUCGCCGAUGUUCCUGAAGAAGUUGUUGAGGACUUUGUCGACGCCGUCUCUCCUGCUGCUGCUGCGAAUUCUUCGGUUGUCGAGCCUGCGUUUCAUACUCUCCUCCAGCCUCGCGUUGUUGUCUAUGACGUUGUCUGCCAUCUCUGCCACCGGGGUGUGAAGUGGGUUAUAAAAGUGGACAAAUAUAAGAAGAUCAAAUUUUGCUGCUUCCAGUCCAAAGCUGCUGAACCAUACUUGAGACUAAGUGGUCUAGACAGAGAGGAUGUUUGCCGUCGCUUUGUGUUCAUUGAGGGCCAUGGUUCAUACCACCAAGCUUCCACCGCUGCUCUAAGGGUAUUGUCCUAUUUGCCUCUCCCUUACUCAACUUUGAGCACAUUCUCAAUAAUCCCAACUCCUCUUAGAGACGGUAUCUAUGACAUUGUUGCCAGACAUCGUCAUGAUAUGUUCGGAAAGGCCAAAGACUGCUUGGUUUUGCAAGAGGAAGAGCUGCUUGAGCGUUUCAUUGACAGGGAGGAACUGCUUAAUCAACGCCAUCGGUAAGGAAAUCGUGUCCAUUGCAUUUUAUCUUGUGGACGUGGAAAUUGUAAAUGUUAGUCUUACGCUUACCUCCCCUGGUUUGUACUAAAGAACCUGAUAUGAUGAAUGUAUUUUAAGAACUCACUUACUGUUCAGGUCAAAAACUUCACCUGGUAGUUCUA